AUGUCCGGUGUACCAGAAGGCAAAGGCAGCCCUACAAUAAUGGAGGUGUUUCAAAUCAACCUCAAUCACUGCGACACUGCACAGCAUCUGUUGUGGCAGUCGACAACAGGAACGAAGUGCGACGUUGCAAUCAUAGCGGAGCCGUAUCGAAUUUCCUCCGAUAACGGUAACUGGAUAGCAGACAGAGCAGGAAUGGCCGCGAUAUUGGUGACGAGCAGAUAUCCCAUCCAGGAGGUGGUUACAAACCGAUACGAGGGUUUCGUGGUCACCAAAAUUAACGGAGUCUUCGUAUGCAGCUGCUAUGCUCCCCCAAGGUGGACGCUGGAACAGUUCUGCCGCAUGCUGGACGAACUAACUGGUGAGCUCAUUUUACGGAGACCGAUCGUCAUAGGAGGUGACUUCAACGCCUGGGCAACCGAAUGGGGAAGUAGAUGUACCAACGCCAGAGGAGCCAGCCUACUUGAAGCACUGGCAACGCUCGAAGUAGAGCUGAGCAACGUUGGAACCACCAGCACUUUCCGCAGAGAUGGCCGAGAAUCUAUCAUCGACGUCACCUUCUGCAGCCCGUCGCUGAGAACCGACAUUAACUGGAGAGUGUGCGAAGAGUUCACGUACAGUGAUCACCAAGCUAUAAGGUAUACUAUUGGCCAACGGAACCCCGUGGCAGCACAAACAGGAAGAAUUCGAGAACGGCAGUGGAAAAUGGAGGCAUUCGACAAGGACCUCUUUGUUGAGGCACUACGACCACACAGCGAAGCCCAGAAUUGUGAUGCUGACGAGCUGACCGAGGCGCUAACCAGAGCAUGCGACACAACCAUGCCAAGGAAGGUGGAGCCUAGAAACCGACGGCGUCCGGUCUACUGGUGGAACGAGUCACUCAAUGCAUUACGAGCUAACUGCAACAGAGCUAGAAGGUGCUUCCAGAGAGCAAGAAGUACCGAGACUAGAGAAGAAAGAAGAAGUGACCUCCGCGUUGCCAAGGCCGCACUGAAAUACGCGAUUAAGCAGAGCAAAACAAACACCUUUAAGGAGCUUUGUAGAGCAGUCGAUUCCAACCCCUGGGGCGAUUCAUACCGAAUAGUGAUGGCAAGGAUCAGGGGCCCAGCAAUGCCAGCCGAAGGAUGCCCAGAUAAGCUAAAAAUAAUAGUUAAAGGACUCUACCCCUUACCGGGUGCUAGAGGAUGA